UUAGUAAUCUCGCUUCCCCCAACCCCAGCUGACACUUGUAAACAAGACGACGAGGAACGUUCUGGGUUCCUCGUGUAGCAACAUUCUGGGCUUUACUGAUUCACAUAAUGUCCCACGACGAGAACCACGAAAUGGAAGACGAGGUUGAAACUAAGAGUAAGGAGAAGAAGGUGGCGAAGCACGACAGUGGAGCAGCAGAUUUGGAGAGAGUCACAAAUUAUGCGGAGGAAAAGGAGAUAAAGUCUGAUGCAAAUUUUAUGUCUGUUAUUAAUGAUGUAAAAAGGCAAGAUGAAGCAAACAAGUUGGCAAAGGAACAAGAGCUGGCCAAGGUUUCGAUAAAAAAGGAAGAUGUAGAGCUGAUAAUUAGGGAACUAGAGAUUUCCAAGAUGAAAGCUGAAAGAGCACUCAGGGAGCAUCAGGGAAACCUAAUUGAAACUCUAGUCACACUUACUAACUAAAUUUCCAAUACUCCUCCUGUACUGCUUACCAAUCAUUAAAAAAUGUGGAUGGAU